UAUCCAAGUGUUGGUUGAUCAUAAAUCUGGUUGGCAGUUGAAAUGAUUGAGCUCUCAUGCCUGCUCUUGAAAGUGUGAAAUUUCUUCUUCUGUUAUUGUUAUUUUUCUGUUUCUUAUUCUGAUCUUGUAAAGUUCAGUGGAGAGGUUCUGAAAGAUUGCUUAUUAUCUGGUCUUAAAACUGCAAAGCAUCUUACUGGAAAUAGGCUUUUUUCGUUGGUUAUACUCAGUUAAAACUCUAUAAAUUUUAGAAUACAUUUUAGAAAUAAGCUCUUUAUAAAUAUUUCACCUUGGGGCUAAAGGAGAAACUUGAAUCAGCAGCCUAUGUGACAACAUAAUAUUUCAAGAUUUCUCACAAAACAUUUACUUUCCAGUAUAGGGAGGGAGGGCUUACAAGAGAUGAAUCAAGGCUUUGCCUAAGAGCAAGGGGAGUGGUCAUAGGGGAGGAGCCACGGACUUGUCAGGACUACCUUGUGCCUGGCACUGGCAUUCAGGGCUCCCGAGAUCCAGUGGCUGUGUCCGAGUAGCGUCAGAAUGAGAUGGGGGCUUGUUGGUUAUGAGGUACAGUACCUGUCGCUGACAGAUGGGCUUGGCUCCCUGACAAACGUUACUGAAAACGCGGGUUAUUCCCCUCCUCCUCAGUACCCACUCUCCGCCUUCCUUCUCUUGUUUAGACUAAUCUGUAAAAGUGAUGUAACUUAAAAGAGUCCACUGUGAGUUCAUCUUGGGGGCCAGCUAGUAUCCUGGGACUAGAGGCGGCUAAGAUCUUUUGCCUACAGAUCAGGGUAAUGACCAGAUCAAACACAGGGGUUUCCUGCCACCAGGUAUAUAGGAGCGGUAUCGGAGUUGGACUCACGGAAUGGGUUUUGUCCCCCACUCCUCUUCAGGUGUUGCAGAGCACCAUGGCUGAACAACUCCUUCCCCAGGCUUUGUAUUUGAGCAACAUGCGGAAAGCUGUGAAGAUACGAGAGAGAACUCCAGAAGAUAUAUUUAAGCCUACCAACGGGAUCAUUCACCAUUUCAAAUCCAUGCACCGGUACACGCUGGAAAUGUUCAGAACUUGCCAGUUUUGUCCCCAGUUUCGGGAGAUCAUCCACAAAGCGCUCAUUGACAGAACCAUCCAGGCCUCCCUCGAAAGCCAGAAGAAGCUGAACUGGUGUCGAGAAGUCAGGAAGCUGGUGGCCCUGAAGACGAACGGCGAUGGAAACUGCCUCAUGCACGCUGCUUCCCAGUACAUGUGGGGUGUUCAGGACACAGACUUGGUCCUGAGGAAGGCACUCUUCAGCACUCUCAAGGAGACAGAUACGCGCAACUUUAAAUUCCGCUGGCAGCUGGAGUCUCUUAAGUCUCAGGAGUUUGUGGAAACGGGGCUUUGCUACGACACUCGGAAUUGGACCGAUGAGUGGGACAGCCUCGUCAAAAUGGCAUCCACAGACACACCCAUGGCCCGAGGUGGACUUCAGUAUAACUCACUGGAAGAAAUACACAUCUUUGUCCUUUGCAACAUACUCAGAAGGCCGAUCAUUGUCAUUUCAGACAAAAUGCUGAGAAGUCUGGAAUCGGGUUCCAAUUUCGCUCCUUUGAAGGUGGGCGGGAUUUACCUGCCUCUCCACUGGCCGGCCCAAGAAUGCUACCGAUACCCCAUCAUUCUUGGCUACGACAGCCAGCACUUUGUACCCCUGGUGACCCUGAAGGACAGCGGCCCUGAAAUCCGAGCUGUUCCACUUGUUAACAGAGAGCGAGGAAGAUUUGAAGACUUAAAAGUUCACUUUUUGACCGAUCCUGAAAAUGAGAUGAAGGAAAAGCUCUUGAAAGAGUACUUGAUGGUGAUCGAAAUCCCUGUCCAAGGCUGGGACCACGGCACCACCCAUUUGAUCAAUGCUGCAAAGCUGGAUGAAGCUAACUUGCCAAAAGAAAUAAACUUGGUAGAUGAUUACUUUGAACUCGUCCAGCACGAGUACAAGAAGUGGCAGGAGAGCAGUGAGCAAGAGCGGAGAGAGGCGCAUGCUCAGAACCCUUUGGAACCUUCCGUGCCCCAGCUCUCCCUCAUGGACGUAAAAUGUGAAACGCCCAACUGCCCUUUCUUCAUGUCCGUGAACACCCAGCCUUUGUGCCACGAGUGCUCCGAGAGGCGGCAAAACAACCACACCAAGUCCUCAAAGCUGCACUCCAAGCCCGGCCCCGAGGGGCUCCCAGGCGUGGCGGCCGGGGCCUCGCGGGGUGAGGCCUACGAGCCCGGGGGCUGGAGCCCCGAGGAGCCGACCACCGGGGGGCCUCAUUCGGCCCCUCCGACGGCGCCCAGCCUUUUCCUGUUCAGCGAGACCACCGCCAUGAAAUGCAGGAGCCCCGGCUGCCCUUUCACGCUGAACGUGCAGCACAACGGAUUCUGUGAGCGGUGCCACCAGGCCCGGCAGCUUAACGCGGGCCACACCUCGGACAGCAUGAGGCACUUAGACCCCGGGAAGUGCCGAGCCUGCCUGCAGGAUGUCACCAGGACGUUUAAUGGGAUCUGCAGUACUUGCUUCAAAAGGACUACGGCGGAGCCCUCCUCGGGCCUCAGCUCCAGCGUCCCGCCUUCCUGUCACCAGAGGUCCAAGUCGGACCCCUCGCAGCUCAUCCAGAGUCUCUCCCCACAUUCUUGCCGCAGAGCUGGGACCGAGGCUCCCUCUGGCUGCCUCUCUCAGGCCCCACGGACUCCAGGGGACAGGACAGGGACGAGCAAGUGCAGAAAAGCCGGCUGCAUGUAUUUCGGGACUCCAGAAAACAAAGGCUUCUGUACGCUGUGUUUCAUCGAGUACAGAGAAAACAAACAUUUCGUCGCCGCUUCCACGAAGGCCAGUCCCACGGUCCCCAGGUUCCAGAAUGCCGUCCCCUGCCUGGGGAGGGAAUGCGGCACCCUCGGAAGCACCGUGUUCGAAGGGUACUGCCAGAAGUGUUUCAUCGAAGCGCAGACCCAGAGAUUUCACGAGGCGAAAAGGACUGAAGAGCACCUGAGAUCGAGCCAGCGCAGAGACGUGCCUCGGACCACGCCGAGCGCCUCGAGGCCCAAGUGCGCCCGGGCCUCCUGCAAGAACAUCCUGGCCUGCCGCAGCGAGGAGCUCUGCAUGGAGUGCCAGCACCUCAGCCAGCGAGCGGGCCCGACGCCGCACCGGGGCGAGCCGGCCCCCGAGGAGCCGCCCAAGCAGCGCUGCCGCGCCCCCGCCUGCGACCACUUCGGCAACGCCAAGUGUAACGGCUACUGCAACGAGUGCUUCCAGUUCAAGCAGCUGUACGGCUGACGGCAGCGGUGGCCCGCCGGGCCGCCGGGGGCCUCGAGCCACUAGCCAGCAUGGUGCUAUGCCCUCAACGCGCUGACGCCGCCGAGGGCCGUCCCCGCGGCAGAGAGCUCCCGGGGGCUUCCAGCCGGGAGGGAAGAUAAGCUCUCGGUCGCCGUCGCGGGGAACGUUCCCAGGCGGCCCUCGAGCGAAGCUAGCGACUGGCGGUGGAUGGUGUCGGUCCGGCCCAGAGCUCGUCCUCACCUGCCACGCGGAAGGCCGGGAGCUGCGUGGCCUCGGGACGGGCCGG